CCGCCAGGACGAGGGAAGGAGGCGCUGCCUGCGGGGAGGAAGCUGGAUGAAGAUUUGUGCCUCAGGGCGGGUUGGCCUGUCCCUCGGGCAUGAAGGGGGCCGCGGGGACUCUGCCCUGCCCUGGAGCCGAGCGGGGACAUCAGGAAGACAGCUGCCUUCAGAUGAUUGAGAACUCACUGACAGUUGCUCUUGCUUCAGUCCUACUUCAUGAGAACUUCAGAAGAUACUAACUGAGCAGAUGGUACGUGAACAAUACACUACAACAACACCAGGCACUAGCCUAGAGAGGCCGAAGAAUGAAUAUGUCUACAAAAUUGGAAUUUAUGGCUGGAGAAAGCGUUGCCUCUACCUGUUUGUUCUCCUCCUGCUUAUCAUCCUAGUUGUGAAUUUUUCUUUGACAAUUUGGAUUCUUAAAGUGAUGUGGUUUUCCCCAACUGGAAUGGGACACCUGCGUGUUACAAAAGAAGGCCUUCGUCUGGAAGGGGAGUCAGAAUUCUUAUUCCCUCUUUAUGCCAAAGAAAUCCAUUCUCGAGUGGACUCAUCACUGCUUCUCCAGUCGACCCACAAUGUGACUGUGAAUGCUCGCAAUUCAAAUGGGGAAGUCACAGGCAGAUUAAAUGUGGGUCCUAAAAUGGUAGAAUUCCAUGGUCAACAAUUUCAGAUCAACUCAAAGGAUGGCAAGCCACUUUUUACAGUGGAUGAAAAUGAGGUUGUGAUUGGCACAGAUAAACUUCGAGUCACAGGGCCUGAAGGAGCACUUUUUGAACACUCUGUAGAAACACCACUUGUGAAGGCAGAAGCUUUUAAACAGCUUAGGCUGGAAUCACCGACUCGGUCUUUGAGCAUGGAUGCACCACGAGGAAUUAAUAUCAACGCGCAAGCUGGGAAUAUUGAAGCUCUUUCCCAGAUGGAUAUCAAACUACACAGCAGCGAUGGUGUGCUUUUGCUCGAUGCUGAAACUGUGCGACUGCCCAAAUUGCCUGAGGGUACAAGGGGUGGAUCCAGUAUUUCUCAGGGGCUUUACGAAAUCUGCGUGUGUCCGGAUGGAAAGCUCUACUUGUCAGUGGCCGGCGUGGGCUCCACUUGCCAAGAAUACAGCCGUGUCUGCCAGUGAGGCACCAGAAAAGGCCACACACUCCCUUGCUAGUCUGAGUUUUAUAUUAUUGCUAAAAAGCAUUACCGAAAGCAGAAUUUUCAGAAUUUUAAAAACAAAGUACUUCAGUUUAGGAAACAAAUCUGUAGCUACAAUUCUGGGCUACAGAGUGAAAGGGGAAGAAGAGCACAAAUGACAUUUCAACUUCAGAAGAAUGACUUGGAUAAAAUUUUAUGUUCUGUCGAUAACACUUUGAAAACAGCCUUACAGAAAGCAUAAAAAAAAUAAAAGGAAUAUGUUUCCUUGCUGAACUAUUAUUCAGUCAGAUGAUUAUGUCAUUGUUAAUAUUUUUGAGCUCCAUGGUUUUUUUUCUCUCACAACAUGUAAACACUUAAUUGCAUUAGUGGGUGAAAUUAAAUUGAGGGAACUACUUGAACUAUUUGCUAAGACAAAGCAUUAUUUGGGGAAUUCAGAAAGUGCCAGCAAAUGGUCUAUGCAAUUUUGUUCUUGCAAUAACACAAGAUACAAAAAAUGUGGUAUUUGUAUCAGUUCUGUGUAAAAGUUGUUAAUUAGCUAAUAGCUUUCUAUUUUAAUUUGGCAACAUAUAUGCUGAUUUGCUUAGUACUGAUUCAUAUAAAAAUAACUAAUACAAAAAGCUCCAAGAGUCAUUUACACCUCCCUGUGUCUCAAAUCUGUUCACUAUACAACAGAGAAAUAUGUUAGUAUAUUUUCUAAUAGCAAUAGUUUGUUGUACUGCCUGUACCAUUGUACUCAUUUAAACCUUUUUAUAUUUUAGGACAUGCUAAUUCAACAAAGCAAUUUGCUCUGCCAGCUGGACUAGUAAAAAGAAAAAAAUCCUUAAUGUGGUUCCAGAUUGUCUGACACAAGGACCUGUUUGGGCGGUGGGAAAAAAAUCCUUUUUUGCAGCCCACAGAAUUCAAUUGAGAGGACUAUUUCAUUUCCAUCUGCAGCUGUUGACUGAUACUUCUGGUCCUGUCAGAGUGGGACUCCAUCACAAAGGCAGAGAGUAAAACUACUCUUAUUACUUUUUACAUUAGGACUUUGGAUACAAAGUAAAUGCUCACCAGAGUUGACAAACCAUUUAUUGACCUUGUAGAGAAACACCACUGCAGACCCAUUCCCCUGUACAGUGUUGCACUGAACACAAAUAAAUCGUUUGCACACCU